AAUCAGAUGGAUCCAUUCUACUACAUUCAUCUAAAAGAAGUAGGAGAGGAUAUCCGUGGCUCUCACAUCGCCAUCUAUAUUCACCAUGACCAAUCUUCAAAAAGUACCAGCGUUGUCGCGGUAAACUUCCAGGAUCGGCGCUGGACGCACUUUAUCAACACCCCAUUUUCCUCCGUUCGAGAGGAGUUGCGAAUAGCGAAACUUCAGCCUGAUCCUCUUUGUGCUCACGUAGCUUACCUGAACAAUCUGAUAAUGUGGUGGAAUGAUGUUCUCUACACCUUCAAUCGCGAGCUCAUUGCAGAGGAAAACAGCCUUCAGAAUGACCUCGAAAUAUCUGCUAGUUCGAAACAGGCCAGUUCGAGUGCAAACAUCAAUAAGAAGCUUCAUACAAUGGCGGCGCAUCUGUAUAGAUAUGGUUCUGAGCUCGAUCGCAUCGAUAAAAUUGCCUCAGAACUAAAAUCCAUUCAUGCAAAGCUUCGCCCAUUUGAAAAUACGGAGCCUUCUCGUACCUUCGACGAGGUGAUGGAGUGGCGGAGAGUAGAUCAAGGACUCGAGCAGAUUAUUUCCCAGAUGACGGCCCUGCGAAGCUUCCGCGAGGAGCUAGAACGAAAGACCAGCAACAUACUUGCCUUGCUCUUCAACAACAUGCAAGUCCUGAAUGAUCAACGCAUGCAAGGAAUAUUAAAAGCAACGCAAGAAGAUACACGAAGGUCUCAGGAACUCGCCAUGAGCAUGAAAGAGGACAGCAUCGCUAUGAAGACUAUCGCACUUCUCACCAUGUUUUUCCUUCCAGGAACUUCUUUCGCAGCGAUUCUGUCCAUGCCCUUUUUCACAUCAAGCGCAUACGUAUCAGAUCUCAAACGGUUUUGGAUCUGGGUAGUGCUCACCGUCCCGUCCACAGCAGUCGGGCUAUAUGUAUAUGUCCACGUGAUGCGCCGCAAGAAACGGGAGCUGGGUUUAUAUAACGCAGACCCAGAAUCUCCUACUGUAAAGUCUCACAAGAAAUCAAUGGAUAGUAUGAGUGCUGGUAAGCAAUCAUAAGCACAAAGGACAAUAGUAUACCACUAGUUUGCGACCACGGACACGUUGUUUACCUUGAAAAUAUAAAUCGUCUCAUCCGCGUUUCCAUUUGUCAGAUUUGGGAACGACCAACAGUACCUGUCGUUCCGCCUUAUCUCUCCAUUUGCGAAAGUCUUUC